UGGUCUGGGCUCUCUGGCCAGACAAAUUCUGAAAGGUGCCCGAACUCAGCAAACCUUGGCGAACGCGGCGAAGAACUUCGCAGCUCAGGAUGGUGCGAUAAACAACUCGGAGAUGAAUUUGUCCAAGAUGCAGACUUUGGUCGCCUCCAUGCAACUGCAAACAGCAGCUCUCCAGAGGAACGUGCAAAUGAUCCCCGAGCUCAAGCAACAGAUGGAAGACAUGCGAUUCUAGUAGAACGACGUCCCGAACAUCAUCCAGCACCCUGUACAUUGUGUCAUUUUCGCAUAUCCUAUAGAUUCAUACGAACAUAAAUUGGCCAUACUCCCGAAGCCGAGCUGCCAUGGCUGAUGCGUACACAUACGUCAUGAUUCACAACAUUCCGCAGAACUAUCGUUCAUGCGAUCUGAGAGACUUCUUCUCUCAGCUGAUAGAGACAGGAGCCUUCCGAUGUUUCCACUUCAGGCACAGGCCCGAGGUUCAAAAAAUCAAAGAUUUCGAAACCGUGGAGGACGAUAGAUCUGGGAAACAGACCCGUAAUACUUGUUGCUGCAUUGCCAUGGUUCAAAAAGCGAGGCUCGAAGAGCUACUGACGACUUAUGAUGGAGCUUUCUGGGUCACCAAAGAGGGCGAAACUCUCAAUUCGAAGUGCCACAUUCGAAGAGUUAUCGUAGCCAACGAACCCACAUCGAAUCAGAAGAGAUACGAUCGCCAGAAUCGCUUGCCGACGGUCUGUCAAUCGGAUCUCCGGGAAAUGAUCGAGCUGCGUCCCCCACCAGCUCUUCCAGCCGGCAACGUCGGGACGCCGACGAGAUACAUUUUGAAGCAGAUCAACAAGUGCCAAUUCCCCGUGCGCCUCAUCGCGAGUUUAGGGCUAGAGUUCCCGAGAUUGCGGGCGAAAGGCAUGUACGGCAGUGUUAGCCUCGACUACGAUAAAAUUUCUGGCAAGAGUAUCCGGGACACAGAGGCGGGGGCAUCGACUGCACCGUCGACCUCGCGAGCAGCCGACGUCAAACGGGUUGCUCCCCGGAAGGCCGCGCCAGACCUCAGCGACAUGCCUACAGCGGAUCAAGUGCCGACAUUUGCCCGAACCACCAAAGGACAUCUGAUUGCGAGCUCGCACGUGAGACCCAGGAAGGAAUUGGGUCCGCAGGAGGAUCCGGAAACCCUCAACACUGAAGGAUCGGGAGAGAAAGAUGACGAGUUGAGCGACGAUGGGGAGGAGUGGGAUAGGCACGAAGCUCUGCACGAUGAUGUCACCAGUCAAGAACGUAACAAGGAGCGGCUGUUCGAAGAAGGAAUGGAAGUCGUGUGGGAAAAAGGGGGGUCGGGUCUCGUCUUCUACACGGAUGCCCAGCACUGGGAUGAGACCGAGGGCGAUUUUGACGCAAAAACCAGUGACGAUUGGGAUUUGGACAUGAGCGGAUACCGUCAGGAUGGUGCUGGAGACAAAGACGCCCGAGACAUGAUAUCCAUGAGGAACUCAGAAGCAUUGAGGAAGCAAUCAGAGGUUGACGAAAACCGAGUUGGGUUUUUCGAGAAUUUCACCAAAGGCGUCGGACGGAAAAUCCUUGAAAAGCAGGGUUGGACGGAGGGGUCAGGCGUCGGAUUGCAACAAGGCAUUCUCGAACCGAUCAGUGAAGACUGGAAACAUCCGAACGAUCGAUCCGGUCUCGGGUUCCGUGGCGAGAAACUGGAGCGCCGCAGACUGAGGACAACCAGAUCUGAGGCCGAUGAAGAUCGUCUGUUCAGUGCAGUUUACGAUGAGCACUUCGGUCAGGACGGUCACGGAAUAACAGGCAGAUCCGAAUUACCAUCGGUGCUCAAAUACCGGAAGAAGUUUGUUAAAGAUAGUGGGAAGGAAUAAAGGUCAAUUUCAGCCAUGU